CCACCAUUUCUCUCUCCCGUCAUCUACACACGGACAGGGGACAGGGGACAGGGCGCCAACAUAAAAUGUCGCAACAAAUUAUCCACGCAUAUCGCCGUCUCCUCCGAACCUCUCUCCAGGCAAUCCGCUACGCGAAACCCGCCCGCUUCACUCUCCAAUCUCACCUGCGCGACUCAUUCCGCAAUCCCAAAGCUGCCUUCAACGACCAGGAAAUCACCCAAACGCUAGAGUUUCUCUCCAACGCUGCAAAAUACAAGGGUGUAGAGGAAAAAGUGGUGCGGAAUCUUAUACAUGUCUGGGGUUGUAAAGAUAGAGAUAUCCCGGCUACAUUAAAACGUGCCAGAAAGGAUAUGGGUUUUAGAGACGCUGCCUAUGAGAAGGUUGAUGACGAUGUCAGGAUGCUGGAAUGCUCUCUGGGUAUACGACUAGGGUGACGAAGAGAAGCCGAGACCUGAUGCUGAUCUCUUUUCACUUGAAGCUGUCUCACGGCAGAGUACUGUCUAGGCUUGCCAUGAUGUCCCUGGAAUCGUCUCGUCUCAUCUACUCUCUGC